AUGCCAAAGAAGGAUGCUGCCCUUGCUAUCCCGGAUGUUCAUUGGUCCAAAGACAUGACAUGGAGCCUACUGUCGGAGGUUGAAAAGGACGAUAACAGGCUGGUGUUGCUUGGCAAGCGGAAAAAGAAGGAGAAUACAUCUGGGGACAGCAAGAUAACAGUAUUUCAACAGAUCGGAGCUGUUGUCUUACCUAAGAGCUAUAAGCUCAAUCCGACAGCAACAGGCAAAGCUGUCAAAUGGAAGUAUGACCACUUAAUGCGGAAAUAUCAGCAACAUGGCAAACAUCUCAGAACCACUAGUGAGGGGAUUUAUGGCUCUGAUGUGGAAGAUAACCCGUCCAAAAAUGAGUUCUUCGACUGUUAUGUCCCUGUGGGUGGACCUGAUUCAACAACCACCAUCAAGAUGCAGAGCAUCUGGGAUGAAAUUGUCGCCAAAUUCCCAUUCUUCCCUGUUCUACACCGAAUUCUUUUGUCAGAUGUUCUUGUGAGGGCAAAGCAGCACAUUGCCAAGGUUCCGAAGAAAAAAAGCAUGGAUGCUAUCAAUGCUCGUGCCGAUGCAGAGAUGAGGCUCAAGAGCCGUGACCUUCUUCUCUGA